UGGGACGAGAGUAAUUUGUGGGCUGUAAAUAGGGGUGAAACCAUCACAACUGAGCAGAUCCACCUUCAGGUAUUCAAGAGCUACAAGCAAAGACGAGAAGUCAUCCAGGAACUAUCAUCCUUUUUCAGAAAGAGGAAAACGGUCGUAGCAAUGACAAGCAUUCGCUCCCUGGCUGGCCUCGUUGUCAUUCUUAGCUUUGUCAAGAUUAGCUGGCAGGUUCCUCUUCAAGACAUCUCAAGCUUGGAGGCAGAUGAUGAUUUAGUAAGGAGACACUUGGAGCGAAUGUUCGCAAACAACUAUAGUAAAUAUCUUGAAGACCAGAAAGCUCAGGAAUUUGCUCCCCAUCUAAUGAACAACAAGCGGAGAAGCGCCGUGGAGAAGCGCCACUCCGAGGGGACGUACACCAGCGACGUCAGCUCGUACCUCCAGGACCAGGUCGUCAAAGACUUUGUCACCAGGCUCAUGUUGGGACAGAUCCGAAGAGAAUGGGACGCCAAGAUGCAUGAUCAGACGUCCAACCGCAGACGGCACGUGGACGGAAGCUUCACCAGCGACGUCAACAAGGUCCUGGACUCCAUGGCAGCCAAGGAGUUUUUACUUUGGGUCAUGACCUCCAAGUCUUCGGGGGAGAGUCAGAGAAGACAAGCUGAGCACUGAGGACGAGCGCUCUGUGAGGACGACGCAAGAAUAACAAAAUUGAGGAACGGGAAGCCAUACCAAAAAAAAAAAAAAAUGUAGAUUCUUCCAUUGUUUUGAAAGCACCUCCAGAAUUAUUUUUUUUCUACACAUUUAAAUUAUUUUCUAUUUAUAUAACAUACUGAAAAGUACAUCAGAUGUAAAGCUCAGGUAUAAACAAUUCUGCUCUGCAAAAUAAAUAUUUUUUUCAUUGA